AUGGUACUGAAUGGUAAACGAGUACUCACCGUAGUAUCAGGAGCUUCACGAGGUAUCGGCAAAGAAAUUGCUAUUCAAGUGUCGAAACGGGUCGCACCAAAUUCAGAAACGGGUCCAUUCGACAGCGCCUUUAUAUUCCACAACUGUGGCACUGUUGGUGAUGUGUCAAAACGAAGUACAGAAUUGAGUAAUCCGGAUCAAUGGCAGAACUUCCUUAGUGUAAAUCUCGUCGCUAUGGUCCAAUUCAAUAAUCUAUUACUGAAUUCAAUCACGAAAGAGGUUGCCAAACAACGAUUCGUUGUAAAUAUCACGUCUUUAGUCGCCAUUCAAGGCUUUCCUUCUUUAACACAGAACCGGCCGGUCUAG